AUGUCAAGUGAAAACCGUGAAGAAGUGAUAACACGGAGAGCUCUGCGGACUCCAAAGUGCGCUCGCUGCAGGAACCAUGGAGUGAUUUCCUGUCUGAAGGGACAUAAACGUUUGUGCCGCUGGCGUGACUGUCGAUGUCCAGGAUGUCUUCUGGUUUUAGAAAGACAACGGGUUAUGGCUGCCCAGGUGGCUCUACGCCGGCAGCAAAGCGCAGGACGCACGGCUCGCGAGGGUGAAGCGGCCGCGCUGGCGGCGCGAAAGAGAGCUUAUCGAGCUCGUCUACGUUGCGUACAAAUGUCUCGCAACUUUCCCGUGCACCAUACAAACCUAGGUAACUACCAGCCAACCGCCACUGAAGACGCAUGGUCCGAACGUGUUCGUAAACGACGUGCUUUUGCGGAUGCAGCUCUUGAGCGGGACUUGCCACAGUCGUUCCCAGAACCGCCACAUGCUGCAAUUUUUUGCAGACAUCUCUUAGCGGCUUUACUCACGAACUAUACGCCUACGCAACCUCCACGGCCGAAGAUAUCUUUUUCUAUCGAAUCUAUUAUUGGUGUGCAAUAA